UUGUAAGAAAAAUUUAGGCUAAGCUGUCACUUUUAAUUUUUUAAUUUCAACAUAUGUCAACAACAUACAGACAUGGAAAGUAGUUUUGGCUUGAGUGCCUCCAAACAGCCGUCCAAAACGUCAAGAAGGUCAAAAUGUUUGCCCCGUCGAGCUCAAGACUUAAGUAAAGAAGAGUUACUUCUCACUUUGAAGAAGAAGCGAGAAUGUAAUGCCAAAGCUCUAACAAUUGUUGAGGGAAUGCUGGAACCCAUUGUUACGAAGGACUGGUUCCUAGAUGUUCUCCAUCACAUCAAUCAGAGUCAUUUACAAGAUGUUAUUGAAGAAAGAGCCAUAGUCAACCUUUGUGGCUAUCCGUUAUGCUCUAAUAAGCUAAAAAGUAUUCCAUCACAGCAGUAUCGUAUAUCUACAAAGGUUAACAAGAUUUAUGAUAUCACAGAAAGAAAGAAUUUUUGCAGCAACAAAUGUUUCAAAGCAUUUAAAUUUAUCAGAGAUCAAAUGUACACAAGCCCCCUGUGGCUUCGUGAUAUUGAGCCCAAUGUUAAGUUUAUUUUGAUGCCAUCAACCGAGUGUGGCGGAGAUAUUGGUGAUGAAGUCAAUGUUCAAAUUGAAAGAGUUUCGAAAGAUGAACUUAAGAAGUUGUCUGGAGAAGAGAACUCUUCCUCUUCUCAUCAAGCUGAAGGAAACUUAUCCCUUAGUGAUGCUCUUACCAAUUUGCAUAUUGUUGCUACAAUGAGAGAAAAUACCCCGUUACAUUUUUCAGAGGGCUUAAAACGCACGGAAUGUGAGGAAAAGAAUAAUUUGCACCUAAUUGAAAAAUCAGGAGAAAACUCUCCAGUACCUAAUGUAAAAGAUUAUGUACAAAAGGACACAUGCACAAGCAGCGUUGAGAGAAAAAUUUCUGAAAAAUGUGGAGGUAUGUCAAGUGAUUCCCAUGUUCCUCCUUUAAUCUCCUUAAAGGGAGAUGAUACUCACCAAGUUCACAGUCUUCAAACAGAAAGAGAGAAUUUUUUUGAGAAAGUGAUUGUUAAAGAAGAUGGUAAUGAAGUAAAAGGACCAGGACCAGGGUCAAAUGCUCAGGAUACUGCUGACUUGGCAUGUGAAACCUCGUCCGUACCUGUAAGCACGUCUAUCCCUUCUUCCUGUGCCCCAGAAAACACAACUGACGUUCAAAAAAGUUCUUCAAGAUAUGUAACAAGGAAAACUUUCAAUGAUAAAAAAACCAUUGAAAGAGUUGAAUGUUUGAAUCAGAAACCAAGUAUGAAACAUGAUAGCUCUUUAUCCGGGUCCAAUUCUGAGUGGGCCAUCAAUCAGCCCGACUGUUCAUCAAGUAAAAUAUGUCAUCAACUCCCUCAAAGCUCUAAGAAAAAUAGAGACACAAAGCUUGACAAUCCCGCUGAUCAUAUAGCUUCCAAAAAGACUAAGUUAGACUCCGGGUCUUCCAAGUUACUCCCUACAGUAUUUUAUGUUGAAAAAUGUGUACGGGAAUGGUUCACUAUGGAAACAAUGUGCUUUCUAUUUGGAGAAACUACUCUCAAAGAGAUGCUGGAAAAUAAAGGAGAAAGUAUCCAGAAACAUUAUAAAGCUCUCAGUACUACUACCUGGGACCAGGAAAAACAUGAUCGUUUUCUUGCUAUUUGUAAAAGGCUGAACUUACUUGAAAUGGAAGACACCAACUUUGAUAGCCAGGUGAUAAAAAGUGAGAGUGAUUCUGUACGGAAACCCCUCCCAAAUUAUGAAGUUUUGAAAAGAGAAGCAGAGGCAAUGGAGCUGAAAAUAAACGCAUUCUACAAGGGGAAAAUGGAAUUAGAUGAAAAGAAAGUCACAUUUGCUCAGGAUGUCAAAACCGAUUCUUCUGAUGUGAGAAGUGACAGUGAAGUACAAAUUCCUCUGGUGCAUUUGCAUGCUCAACGAGCCCUCCGAAAAAGAAUUGUGCUCGAUGGACUUAACAGAGUGUUGCCUGAUUUUUUACGUACUUUUGGUAUGAGACCAAGUGAACUGACAAGUUCUAUCAGAGGUUUAGUGGGCACCUUUGCCCUUUCUGCCACAAAUAUUACAUUCAAACCCCAGGAAUGGAGUCUUCUUGGACUAAUCAUCAUCAAGCUGCUGACACUGAAAGAAACAAAUCUGAAGCAGUGUUUACAACAGGAGCAGUCAAACACCUAUUUAACAUUAAUGCUUAUGAGCUACAAGCAAGAGCCAGGAUACCUAGACAGACUUCUUUCGUGGCUUACAGAUAUUGAUAUGCUACUUGCUCGUCCUCAGUGUUGACACCAAAUGUGAUAGCUUUAAUUUAGUUAAUAGUCUAAAACAAGCAAAGUAGAGGUCUGGAUGAAAUAUUGUAUUCUAUGGAAAUAUAACAGUUUAAUAUUUUUA